UCUUUUCUUUAAUAUUUCCUCUCCAUAACAUAUUAGUUGUUUGUCUCCACCAUUAUCUCAACUCUUUCACUUUAGCUUGCCUUUCUCUCUCCCUCUCUCUCUCUCUGUCUAUUGGUGGAAGUCCCCAAGGUCUGUUCUUUCCUCUUCAUUCUUGUUCCCUUCUUCUUUCCUGGCUACCAUCUCAAGUUACCCUUGGUUUAGGUAUUUGUCUGAUCAUAGUUUUGUUCCAAAAACAUAGUCUGUGUGAUCAUCUUUGUAUAUGUAAUGAUUAUUUUGGGUUAGCACAAGUAUCUGUAGAAAAGAUGGAGAUAACUAAUGUUACUGAAUAUGAGGCCAUUGCAAAGGAGAAAUUGCCCAAGAUGGUUUAUGACUACUAUGCAUCUGGUGCAGAGGACCAGUGGACUCUUAAGGAGAAUCGAAAUGCAUUUUCUAGGAUUUUGUUUCGCCCCCGCAUUCUUGUUGAUGUUAGCAAGAUUGACAUGACCACCACCGUCUUGGGCUUCAAGAUUUCAAUGCCUAUCAUGAUUGCUCCAACUGCUAUGCAGAAAAUGGCUCACCCUGAAGGAGAAUAUGCAACGGCCAGAGCAGCUUCAGCUGCAGGAACAAUUAUGACACUAUCCUCAUGGGCUACUUCCAGUGUUGAGGAGGUUGCUUCAACAGGACCUGGCAUUCGCUUUUUCCAACUCUAUGUAUACAAAGACAGGAAUGUGGUUGCACAGCUAGUGAGAAGAGCUGAAAGGGCUGGUUUCAAGGCAAUUGCCCUUACUGUGGAUACUCCAAGACUUGGCCGGAGGGAAGCUGAUAUUAAGAAUAGAUUUACUCUGCCACCAUUCUUGACUUUGAAGAACUUUGAGGGUUUGGACCUUGGCAAAAUGGAUAAGACCGAUGACUCUGGACUAGCUUCAUAUGUUGCUGGCCAAGUUGAUCAGUCACUUAGCUGGGAAGAUGUAAAGUGGCUUCAGACAAUCACAUCGUUGCCAAUUCUAGUGAAGGGUGUCCUUACUGCUGAGGAUACAAGGCUAGCUAUUCAAGCUGGAGCUGCUGGAAUCAUUGUGUCCAAUCAUGGAGCUCGCCAGCUUGAUUUUGUACCUGCAACAAUUAUGGCUUUGGAAGAGGUCGUUAAAGCUGCACAAGGCAGAGUUCCUGUUUUUCUUGAUGGAGGGGUUCGGCGUGGAACAGAUGUCUUCAAGGCGUUGGCUCUGGGAGCAUCUGGAAUAUUUAUUGGACGGCCCGUAGUAUUUUCAUUGGCUGCUGAAGGUGAAGCUGGUGUUAGGAAAGUGCUUCAGAUGCUACGGGAUGAAUUUGAGCUAACUAUGGCAUUGAAUGGUUGCCGCUCACUAAAGGAGAUCACCCGCAACCACAUUGUAACCGAUUGGGACCAACCUCGUGUUGUACCCAGGUUAUAAGGUGAAGGUGGUCUCUAUGAGAUUGUUCAUUGCAAUUGGAAAAGUUUCAAAGAGCCUAUCUUGUCAUUAGAAUAACACAUCUCAGAUCCAGUGCUUGAUAAAAGUACUAGAUGUCCUGAAGAAUUUAGCUUAUGUAAAGACAAUAAAAGUAUUAUUUUUAUAAAUGGCUGCUCUUUUUUCUCCAUGCGUGGUCUGUGAACCUGGACUAUAGUUCACCUUUAAUGAGGAAUUUUUUUGGGGGGGAGCGGGGAUUUGAACACAUUCAAUAUGUAGAAAAUGGGCUUUGGCUUCAAAAGUGAUGGCUUACUGUUAAUAUUA